UCCGGCCUCGGGGCGAGCCCAAUCGACCAUCAAAAGCAAGCGGCGAUGGAGAUCAGGCUCCUCGCCAAGAACAAGUCCGAGAACCGAAUCGAGAUCACUUGCGCCGGCGCGAUCAAGCCGUUGAUUUCGCUGAUCUCGUCGUCCGAUCCUGAGCUUCAAGAGUACGGCAUCACCGCAAUUCUAAACCUAUCUCUCUACAACGAGAACAAGGAGUUGAUAGCUUCAUCCGGAGCGAUCGAACCACUGGUCAGAGCUCUCAAGGUCGGCACAUCAACGGCGAGAGAGAACGCCGCGUGUGCCCAUCUCAUCAAGGUCGGCACGUCAACCGAACACCAGUUGGAUCGGAGAUCGCAAGGGUUAGGGUUUGACCACCGAGACUGGGAUUGGAAGCGAGACGCCGACGGAGAGGGAGGUUGUGAUUGUUUGAGGCGGUGGCGGUUUCAAGAACGGUGGAGGUCAUUGCCUCAAUUGCAAGUGGGUGGUUUGAUGAUCCAAAAACAGUUCUAAUGUGUAAUUUUUAUGGGUUGAGUUUUUAUUUUUUUGUUAACCAUCAUUUAUGAGAAAUUCCAUUUGCAGAAGAAAAGUAGUAGAUAAAUAGUCGCACUUCACCGAAUCACCUGUAUAAACUUUAAUAAUUGUUUGAGAUUUUGAGUAUUCGAUGUUCAGGCAUCAUGGAGGUAGACAUGGAAAAUUCUGUCUCAACCUCACCUGAAGAGCCUGCAGUUGCAGUCAGUAAUGGGCAAUUGAUCCAAUUCCACCACUACCAGAUCCAAUGUAAGAUCGCGUGACUGAAAAUGGAUGGGUUGUGGGAGAAAAAAAAAAUUGAUGUACGGGUUGUGACAGAGGAAUUGAUGAGAGGUACACGCACAAUCGCCCAGCGGCGAGGAGGACUCGAGCUCCGACGUGAUAGCAGAUUGGGUGUCGCGGUCGGAGAGUUUACCUUCGGUUGGUCUGUUCUGAAAUUUAGAAAAGAGAGAGAAGAGUGUAAAAAACGGGUUUAACCUGGACAAAAUGGACAUUACUCGUGUUUUGUUAUUAUUUUAUUUUGGACACCUGUCAUCGUGUCAUUGGGCCAUAUCAGCGCGAAGGUUGAACCUUCCUCCGCCCACAGGAUGCAAGCAUUUUCCUUUAUUUAUUCCCUCCCAAAAAGUUUUUAGCAUUCCAUCUCCUCAAUAAAGAAUAUUUGCAAUAUUAGGACUUAAGGCAUGACCUAUUGAGCUUA